AUGAGCUGCCUCGCCCUGCUCGCCGUGCUGUGCCUCGGCGCCGCCGCGGUGGCGCGGGGCCAGCUGACGGACGACUUCUACGACGGCUGCUGCCCGCAGGCGGAGGACAUCGUGAAGGCGCGCGUGUCCGCCGCGAUGAAGGCCGAGCCCCGCAUGGGCGCCUCCCUGCUCAGGCUCCACUUCCACGACUGCUUCGUGAACAGUGGAGGGCCGGACUACGGCGUCCUGCUGGGAAGGAGGGAUGGCCUGGUGGCAAAUCAGUCCGGUGCCAACAGUGGCCUGCCUAGCCCGUUCGAUCCCAUCGACACCAUCACAAAGAAGUUCAGUGAUGUGGAUCUGAACACAACCGACGUGGUCGUUUUAUCAGGAAACAAGGGAACGAGAUCACGAGAGCCGAUUUACUUGCGGUGCGCACGGAUCCUCAAAUCAGCAACUAACUCCGGCGGGCCACGGUGGCGCGUUCCUCUCGGCCGGCGCGACGGCACCACCGCCAACAUCACCGCCGCCAACAACCUCCCGAGCCCCUUCGACAACCUCACCACGCUCCAGCAGAAGUUCGGCGCCGUCGGCCUCGGCAACACCGACCUCGUCGCCCUCUCAGGAUCUUUGCGAACUGGAAAAACCGUGCGUGGUGCGUAUGGCGUCCUCAACAGUGAAGAAGAAAUCCCAGCGUCACCAGGUGCGCAAAAGAAAAGGAUGCCAUACUGCAGAGCUGUAGGCCGGGUCACCGUCGUCGACCCGAGCCUGCACGACAUGGGCCUGGCCCCCACGCCUCGCCUGCCUGCAGUCCUUGGCCCAAUGGCCAGUCCUGCCAUAGUUGUAGCUGAUGUCGUCGCAGUUGGCCUUGCGCUCGCUAUUGGUGUCGCCACCGGCGCCACCACGCGGACGAGGAGCCUUGUCCUUCUUGCGUGGUCGCCGCGUGCGGAUGCUCAAGGAACCUGA